GACGUUCACACUCAGAUCUUCUGCUGGACGGUAAUGGCUACGUGCCGGGGAUCAGCGUCCAAAUGGUUUUUCACGCGGGAGCAGCUCGAAACCACCCUGUCCCGCCGCUGCGGAAUGGAACCAGACAGAGAACUGUCGUACCGACAGCAAGCCGCAAAUCUCAUUCAGGAUAUGGGCCAGAGACUAAAUGUGUCUCAACUCACAAUAAAUACUGCCAUUGUUUACAUGCACAGAUUUUAUAUGUACCACUCCUUCACCAAAUUCCACAGAAAUACCAUCUCCCCAGCAACAUUAUUUCUUGCUGCAAAAGUUGAAGAACAACCACGGAAACUUGAACAUGUAAUUAAAGUAGCGCAUGCAUGUUUAAACCCCCAGGAGCCUCCACUGGAUACAAAAAGUAAUGCAUACCUCCAGCAAGCUCAAGAGCUGGUGAUACUUGAAACCAUAGUGCUGCAGACUUUAGGCUUUGAAAUAACAAUUGAACAUCCACAUACUGAUGUGGUGAAAUGUUCCCAGCUAGUGCGAGCAAGCAAGGAUCUGGCACAGACUUCCUAUUUCAUGGCUACCAACAGGUUGUUAUCCAGAACCUCAUUUGUUGCACUGUAACUGCACACUAUAGCUUCCUUUACUGCAGGUUACCCUACCAGUGUCCAACACCCUCCUUGCACCGGUGGCUACUGGGACGCCCCCCUCUCAAACAUGCCCUCAGGGUGGGGUGGGGAGGGGGUUCGGCGGCUCCGGCCCCGGUUGCAGUGCGGUGUAUUGUACGGGGGAUCAUUGUUGGCACAGAGGGGUUGAAUGCACAAUGUGAAGUGUAGUGGUGCUCUUGAACCUCACGUUUGCUCGGUUACAGAAGUGCAUUUGUCUAAAAAAAGACACUUUGGUAGCCUGAAUAGCAGCUAAAGAUUACACAGAUGUAAACAUUACAUAGAAAUUCUCACGUCUGCACCUCACCACCUUCUGCCUACAGUACAAGCCCACAGUCAUAGCCUGUGUCUGCAUUCACCUGGCCUGCAAGUGGUCCAACUGGGAGAUCCCCGUUUCCACCGAUGGAAAGCACUGGUGGGAGUAUGUGGACAGC